AUGGAACUUUUUUCGUUCGUUGAUGAUAUACGACGUAUGGAUAAACGACAGAUUAUUUAUCAAAUUCUUAAUUUUGGUAUGAUUAUUUCUACAGCACUUAUGAUCUGGAAAGGUCUUAUAGUAAUAACUGCUAGUGAAAGUCCUAUUGUUGUUGUUCUCAGUGGAAGUAUGGAACCUGCUUUUCAUCGUGGUGAUCUUCUUGUAUUAACAAAUCAUCGUGAAGAACCAAUACGUGCUGGUGAUAUUUGUGUAUUUCGUAUUGAAGGUCGAGAGAUUCCAAUUGUUCAUCGUAUAAUAAAAGUACAUGAAAAAGAUGAUGACUAUGUCAAAUUUUUAACUAAAGGUGAUAACAAUAAUGUUGAUGAUCGUGGUCUCUAUGCUCCUGGACAAUUAUGGCUUGAAAAGAAAGAUGUUAUUGGUCGAGCUCGAGGAUUUGUUCCAUAUAUUGGAAUGGUAACAAUUAUAAUGAAUGAUUAUCCACAGUUGAAAUAUUUUGUGUUGGCAACACUUGGUUUUUUUGUACUUGUGCAUCGUGAAAAUUGA